CCUUGUUUGGUGGUGAGUUCGAGUCACGCGGCGAGCACUAAUUAAAAUUUAAAUAGAGUCACCUCAACCUGCUGCCUUUCGUUAGCCAAAUACACCCGUGUUUUGCUGUUUCAGGAACAACAGACGCGAAUACCUUUCUCCUCCCCUUUUGAUAAAACCAUAAACUACCAUCAUGGUUUCUACUUAUACAGAUCUCGAUACUAAGGCCGUCAACACUAUUAGAACGCUGGCGGUCGACACGACCUGCAAGUCCAAGUCCGGUCAUCCCGGUGCCCCUAUGGGUAUGGCACCUGCUGCUCACGUCUUGUUCAGUCGUAUCAUGAAUUUCAACCCCCAAAAGCCCCGUUGGAUCAACAGAGAUCGUUUCGUUCUUUCUAACGGUCACGCCUGUGUGCUCCAAUAUGCCUUGUGUCACUUGCUUGGUUACAACUUGACCAUUGAUGAUCUCAAGAACUUCCGUCAACUUGGCAGCAAGACCCCUGGUCACCCUGAAAACCACAACCCCGACCUUUGCAUUGAGGUCUGCACUGGUCCUCUUGGUCAAGGUAUCACCAACGCAGUUGGUUUGGCUAUUGCCCAAGCUCACACUGCUGCCACCUAUAACAAGCCUGGUUAUGACCUUAUUAAUAACCGCACUUUCUGCUUCCUCGGUGACGGCUGUCUCCAAGAAGGUGUUUCUUCCGAGGCCUCUUCUCUUGCUGGUCACUUGAAGUUGGGCAACUUGGUUGCUGUCUGGGACAACAACAAGAUCACAAUCGACGGUAGCACCGACGUCUCUUUCGAUGAGGACGUUGAGAAGCGUUAUGAGGCUUACGGCUGGCAAGUGCUCCGUGUCGCUGAUGGUGACAGCGACUAUGCUAGCAUCGAGCAGGCUCUCCUUGAUGCCGUUGCUUGCAAGGAUAAGCCCACCCUUAUUAACAUGAAGACCACCAUUGGCUAUGGUUCUAUGAAGCAAGGUACUCACAGCGUUCACGGCAGUCCUUUGUCUGCCGAGGACGCCGCUCAUGUCAAGCGUGAGUUCGGUUUCAACCCUGAGCAAUCUUUCUACGUUGCUCCUGAGGUGUAUGACUUGUACAAGAAGCACGUUGCUCGCGGUGUUGAGGCCCAACAAAAGUUUGACGAGCUUUUCGCCAAGUACAAGACCGAGUAUCCCGAACUCGCUGCUCAAUUUGAGCGUGUCGUCGAAAAGAAGCUCCCUGAGGGCUGGGAGAAGAAGCUCCCCACUUACAAGCCCACUGAUCCCGCCAUUGCUUCUCGUAAGCUUUCUGAGAUCGUUUUGGACAGCAUUGCACCUGUUCUUCCCGAGCUCGUUGGUGGCUCUGCUGACCUUACUGGUUCUAACUUGACCCGCUGGAAGGGCGCUGUUGACUUCCAACCCAAGGAGUCUAACCUUGGCGACUAUUCCGGUCGUUACAUCCGUUACGGUGUUCGUGAGCACGCCAUGGGUGGUAUCAUGAACGGUAUGGCCGCUUACGGCACCGUCAUUCCCUUCGGUGGCACUUUCUUGAACUUCGUUUCCUAUGCCGCUGGUGCCGUGCGUUUGGCCGCUUUGGGUCAAUUCCGUACCAUCUAUGUCGCUACCCACGACUCCAUCGGUUUGGGUGAGGAUGGACCUACUCAUCAACCCAUUGAGACCUAUGCUCACUUCCGCGCCAUGCCCAACAUUAACUGCUGGCGUCCCGCUGACGGCAACGAGACUUCCGCUGCUUACCACAGUGCUAUCUCUCUUGCUCAGACUCCUUCCAUUUUGGCUUUGACCCGUCAAAACCUUCCCCAACUCAACGGUUCCUCUAUUGAGAAGGCUUUGAAGGGUGGUUACGUUCUUGUUGAGAACAAGGAUGCCAACGUUACCCUUAUCGGUACUGGUUCCGAGGUUUCCCUCUGUGUCGAGGCUGCCAAGGUUUUGGAGGCCGAGCACGGUUUGAAGGCUCGUAUUGUCUCCAUGCCUUGCUGUGAGAUCUUUGAUGAGCAAGCUCAAGAGUACCGCUUGUCUGUCCUUCCUGAUGGCAUUCCUAUCAUGUCCGUUGAGGUUUACUCUACUGUUGGCUGGAAGCGUUACGCUCACGAGGCCUUUGGUAUUGACAGCUUCGGUGACUCCGCACCUUACCAACAAUUGUACGCUAAAUACGAGAUGACGCCUGAGGGUGUUGCCGUUCGUGCCAAGAUGACUGUUGAUGCCUGGAAGCCCGUCCAAAACAUUCGCUCCCCCAUUCAUCACGCUUUUUAAGCAUCAGUUACAGGUUAACGUUUGUAGAAAACUUCAGUCAAUACGAUGAGUAAUGAUUUGUUUGCAUCUACUGUCAGGAAGGUUGUUACCAUAGGUCCGCCUGUACGUUCGCCA